AUGAUGAGGUCAUUCAACCAGUUUUCAUCAGCCCCAGGCGGGGCCGGCAAAGGUGGUGGCGACGAGCCCGGGAAGCCGCCGCAGCCGGCGGAGGAGGAAGCCCCGGUUCUGCACGGCACCGGCCACUGCAAGUGGUUCAACGUGCGCAUGGGGUUCGGGUUCAUCUCCAUGAGCAGCCGAGAGGGGAGCCCCUUGGACAUCCCAGUCGAUGUGUUCGUGCACCAAAGCAAAUUAUUCAUGGAAGGAUUUAGAAGCCUAAAAGAAGGAGAACCGGUGGAAUUCACAUUUAAAAAAUCUUCCAAAGGCCUUGAAUCAAUACGGGUAACAGGACCUGGCGGGAGCCCCUGUGUAGGAAGUGAAAGAAGACCCAAAGGGAAGGCACUACAGAAAAGGAGACCAAAGGGAGAUAGAUGCUACAACUGUGGUGGCCUUGAUCAUCAUGCUAAGGAAUGCAGUCUACCUCCUCAGCCAAAGAAGUGCCAUUACUGUCAGAGCAUCACACACAUGGUGGCCAACUGCCCGCUCAAAACUGCUGCGCAGCCGCCCGCCAGUUCUCAGGGAAGACAGGAAGCGGACCCUCAGCCAUGCACUGCGGCCCUCCCACGGGAGGCGGGGGGAGGGCACGGCCGUCCAUCACCCCCAUUUCCUCAGGAGGCGAGGGCCGAGCCGGCAGAGCGGCCGGGCAGGGCCCCGCAGGAAGCUUCCUCCACGAAGGCGGCGGCGGCGGCCCCCGAGGAACAAAGCAGAAAGGGGCCUUCCAUCCAGAAGAGGAAAAAGACAUAA